CCGCUAGCCUCGCUACAUGUUGCUGUGCAGUCUGCAGAGCCUAUGGAUUAGCCUCUGUGCUAACAAGGAGCAUAGAGUCGUUGUAGUUUGACAACAACGUCAACUAGUUGCCCUUCAUAAUUUACAACAGGGAGGGGGAGAAAUGGGCACAGUGGAGACGAAAACUAGUGCAGCAAAAGAAUCAGGAGCGCCUUAACUGGUUACAGCCAUGAAGAUAGCAGUGGAGGGCUGUUGCCAUGGUGAGUUGGACAAGAUCUAUGAGACCAUCAGCUACCUGGAGAAGAAGGAAGGCAUCAAAGUGGACUUGCUGCUAUGCUGCGGCGACUUCCAGGCUGUGCGCAACGAAGGCGACCUCAAGUGCAUGGCGGUGCCUGCCAAGUACCGAACCAUGCAAACCUUUUAUAAGUACUACUCUGGAGAAAAGAAGGCUCCCAUUCUUACUAUCUUCAUCGGUGGUAACCACGAGGCCUCCAAUCAUCUGCAGGAGCUUUCUUAUGGAGGCUGGGUAGCUCCUAAUAUAUAUUAUUUGGGUUACGCUGGGGUCAUUCGAUACAAAGGGAUCCGAAUUGGCGGCAUUUCUGGAAUUUUUAAGUCACAUGACUACAGAAGAGGUCACUACGAGUUCCCACCAUACAACCCCGAAACCCUGAGAAGCGUCUAUCAUGUGCGAAACAUUGAGGUGUUUAAACUCAAGCAGCUUCGCAUGCCCGUUGACAUUUUCCUGAGCCACGACUGGCCUCGCGGUAUCUAUCAUCACGGCCCCUUGGAGGAGCUCCUCCGGAAGAAGAAGUUUUUUCGGCAAGAAGUAGAGUCCAAUUCUCUUGGAAGUCCCGCAGCCGCCGAGCUCCUGGAGCAUCUCCAGCCUACCUACUGGUUCUCGGCGCAUCUUCACGUCAAAUUUGCUGCUCUCAAGCAGCAUCCCCCUAAACCUAACGCUGCCCCGCGGGUCACCAAAUUCCUGUCGCUGGAUAAAUGUCUGCCCUAUCGGCAAUUCUUGCAGAUCGUGGACAUACCGGAAAGAGACGGUUCAUCCGAUGAUCUGGAAUACGACCCCGAAUGGCUCGCCAUCUUGAAGGCCACCAAUGAUUUGCAGAGGACCGCCCCUCAUCCCUGGAACCCGCCGGAGAAUAACGGCUUACAUGAACGGUGGGACUUUACGGUUUCUGAGGAUGCGAUGAUGAAGGUGGUGGAGCAGCUCAGUGGCGAACUCGCUAUCCCGGACAACUUCACUUGCACAGUGCCGCCUUACGACCCAAGCAGCCCCCAGUACCACGCCGCCCCCAGCUACCACGCCAACCCUCAGACCACAGAGCUGUGUGCCAGCUUGGGUCUCACAGAUCUCUACACCCAAGCGGGCCAGUCUGGCGACAGGAGCGGGUCUCAGGGCGGCCUCACUUCUGAGGAAGUUGACACUCAGAGCGGCGAUGAGCCCAGCGACUACCCAACUGACAUUUCGGGCGCAUCGAAUUCCUUCAAUCCCGAUGAGAUCAUCAUAGAGGACGAGUGGGAGGAGGAGGCGGGUGAGGAAGAGCCCAAAAGCAGCGCUGAUCCAAAAGUGCCCCAGGGCAACUCCCACACACCGGGCGGCAUGGUCUUGCCCCCACCCAAAUCUCAAGUGUCACCCAUUCCCAUGUCCCCCAUUAUGGACCUGCCUCCCCCUUGCCACUCUACACCGGCCGUCCCUCGUCUUGCUCCAAUCAACUUGGAGUCAAACGAUGAGCGCUUCCUCAAACGGACCAGCGACAAAGUAGGUGACGUGGAAAGCCAGACCGCUACCACACCGCGGAUCAAACGCAGGAACCAAUCAAUCUAUGCCAGCGCGGAGGAUGAUGAAUGUGACGAAUAGCUGAAAAAUAUUUUUUUUAAGGUAUUCAUUUUCUAACUUUUUAAUGGAACGAAGGUGUUUUCCUUUUUUUAGUCAAGAGAUUUAAAUUUUUUAAUGGUUAGAAACAAUUCAUUUUUUGUAAAUGUGAUUUCAAGGCAGCAGAAAUUGUUACUAUUUGGAAAAUCUUUUGUAAACAGCAAAACAGGAAGCAUCAAUAUUGUUUUACUUCCUUUCAUGAAUUCCCAAUACAUUGACGUACUCAUACCUUUUUAUUUAUUUGAAUGUAUUCCAAACACUCAAGAUAAAGCAGUGAAAACACAAUGUUGGGUAAAUGUUAACAUCCAAAUUAAACAAAUUAGGUGUUCAACAUUUCA